AUGGCUUCAUUGAAAAUUCUUGAUUUAAGUUAUAACAACAUCAUAAGAAUUUAUAAUCGCACUUUACACGGACUCCCAAACCUGAAAAAAUUAAAUCUUUUCCAAACAAACAUCUUGUUAAUAUCAAAUAAUUCUUUUAAAGAAUUAAGAAGCUUGGAAUAUUUGGAUUUAGGCGACAACGAUUUCCCACAAAUAUCUUGGUGUAAAAUUAAAUUUUUUCCCAGCAACGACAUCUUUGAAAAUUUGGUAUCUUUACAAACUUUAAUUCUCCGAAAUAAUUUUCUUGUUGAAAUACCCCAAGAUUUAAUGAUUUCAAUGAGCAAAAUGAAAGUCUUAGAUUUAGCUAAUAAUCGAUUAAAACCUUGGCAAGAACGGUUAUUUAUUAACACCGCGGUGGAAAAUUUAAUAAUUUCCCAAAAUCCAUUCACACAUUUAACGAAAGCUAUGUUACAAGAUAUUGCCGAUUUGAAAGUAGUUGACGUUUCAAAUAAUCCAUUUCAUUGCGAAUGCGAUCAAUUAAUCCAACCAAUCUAUUCCUUAACAGAUGGAAGAAUCAAUCACAUUUUAAGCCUUUUAAAUCAAACAAAUUCCUUUUGUGUGUCACCAGAAACUGACAAUACAAUUGUCGAAUAUUACCGGAGUAAUUUGGAACGGUGCAGCAGAGAAAGGAUCAUAAAAAUUUUGAGACACACAGCGCCUUUAUUAAUAUGUGGAUUUCUUCUCCUCACAAUUUCACUUGUUUCUUACAACUAUCGAUCACACAUUCGUUAUUGGAUUUUUUUAUUAAAACUAUCUACAUCACGAAGAAACCAAUUAAAUACAAAACGCGAUUUCAUCGAACGUCGCAUUAAUUAUAUAUACGACGCAAUAGUUUCUUAUAGCAAUGAGGACAGAAAUUUUGUUAUAAGAUUAGUAAAUAUGUUGGAAAGUUAUGACCCAUUUCUUAAAUUAAGCGUAUACGGUAGAGAUUUUGAGAUUGAAACGAAUGUGUCUGAAUCAGUUUUGAAAUGGGCUGCAAGAAGCAGAAAAACCUUGCUCGUAAUCAGCAAUUCUUAUAUUAACUCGGAAUGGUGUGCUUGGGAAGCUGCAAUUGCUGAAAAUCAUAGGUUAUUUCUUGAAAAUGAGCGUGGAGAAUGUGUGAAUGAUUCGUUGGUUAUGAUCCAAUUAGGGAGUAUUUCGGGUUGUAGCAUAAGUCCGAUGAUGAAAUAUCUUAUGAAGACUAGAAUUCUUUUGCAAUGGGAACCUGAGGAAAAUAAACAAAAUCUGUUUUGGGAGAAAUUGAGGAAUGCUUUAAGACCGCGAUUAAAUAACUAA